AUGUCCGUACCGAAACAAAGACUUCUACAGGUAGCGAGCUUGUCUGCACGGAUCUUCAACGAAAAUUUCAAUCCCACAGCCGCCCGUAACGGUGGUAAAAUUCUGUCCAAAAGACUGAAAGGUGCAUCGAUCGCAGGCUACUAUGGAAAUCCAGAUUUUCUAAAAUUCAAGCAUCUAAAGACUUUAUACCCGGAAUUCAAAUUCACAGAUGAGCAAGAAGAAUAUAGACUGUCCAUGAAUGAAGCCAGGAAGCGUAGAGGAAAGGGCGCCCCCACGAAGAAAAAAGAAGCCAGCAAAGACAAGGGCAAGACGAAAAAGAGGAAGUAA